UGAUAAAAUUAGUAUUCUUAUUUUAUUUUCCAAAAAAACCCAAAACUCGUUGCUGCUGUUGCUCUUUGCACUGUCUUCUCGGGAACACGAAUACAACGCUGGAAGAGAAGCUCCUUUUCCCUUUGGGACGGUUGCUAUCCUGUUCAGGCUUCUUUCAGGUGCAGCUUUACUUCCGACUUAAACUAAACAUGAAGAAGUUAAAACUUAAAGAACUAGAGAGCAAUCUUCAACAAGUUGAUGAUUUUGAGAAUCCAAAACUUCUGCUUGAGCAAUAUCCAACAAGACCACAUAUUGCAGCAUGUAUGCUUUAUACAAUUCACAAUACUUUCGGUGAUAUUGAGAACAAGACUGUGGCAGAUCUUGGGUGCGGUUGUGGUGUGUUGAGCGUUGGAAGUGCCAUGUUGGGAGCAGGGUUAUGUAUAGGAUUUGACAUAGAUGCUGAUGCCUUGGAAGUAUUUAGCAAGAACGCUGAAGAAUUUGAGCUGACAAAUAUUGAUUUGGUCCAGUGCAAUGUGUGUUCUUUGUCUGACAGAAUGCCAAAAACCUUUGAUACAGUCAUUAUGAAUCCUCCCUUUGGAACGAAGCACAAUAAAGGCAUGGAUAUGGCUUUUCUCAAGACAGCAUUACAGUUGGCAAGGACAGCCGUAUAUUCCUUGCACAAGACUUCGACCCGACAGCAUAUCCAGAAGAAAGCAGAUGAAUGGAACGUGAAAAUGGAAGUUUUAGCAGAACUGAGAUACGACCUACCAGCCUCAUUCAAGUUUCACAAGAAGAAAUCGGUGGACAUCGAAGUCGAUUUUAUUAGAUUCUCUUGCAGAAAACAGGAUGAACGGAGGAAUGAUUGAAAAGAAAUCAUUUGUUUCUUUAAAGCAAAACGCUCAA